AUGUUAAGCUCGCUUCAAUGGUCAGCCUGGGGCCCGCAGUACUGGGCCUUGUCGGGCAGCAUCGUGUCGUUCGCAGCCAUGGUUGUGCUCCUCGCCCGCUUCGACGACAAGCCAAUCUUCGCCUGGCAAGGCAUCACCCUGAACGCCGUCAUCUCCAUCCUCUCCGUGGCCAUGAAGGCCGCCGUCGCGUUUGUCAUCUCCGAGUGCCUGGCCCAGUGGAAGUGGGUUCUCUUCACCCGCGAGGACCGGCCUCUCAUCGACUUCGACCGGAUAGACAGCGCCACGCGCGGCCCUCUCGGCAGCCUGCGUAUCUUGUUGGGAACAAAGGGCGCCUUCGUCGUUAAGCUCGGCGCGGUGCUCACGCUCCUCGCAGUGGCCCUCGAUCCCCUGGCCCAACAGAUCAUUCAAGUUCGUGAAAUAGUCGUUUACACCCAGACCAACCGAAAUGGAGGAAAUGGCCUUCCUGCACUGAACUCUGGCACCGAAAGCUAUUCCAUGGGCAGGGCCAUCCGGAACCAGCGGCCGCUACUCAACUCAACUCUGUCGGAAUGGUCAGUGACCACAGACUUGCCCUUGUCUAUGCAAGGUGCCAUCUUGAACGGGAUCUCCAAGCCGCCAUCGGAAGUGGAACAGGAAGCCCUGGUCCAGUGUCCUACGAGCAACUGCACCUGGAAUCAGUUCAGCACCGUUGGUAUCUGCCACAGAUGCAACGACGUCAGUUCUGAGCUUCGGCGCGUCCCAGAUUUCGGGCAGGUCGUCGUCGCCUUGGCAAACACCACGUACGCAACGGCGAAGAUCCCGAGUACCGCCUUCACCCUCCCCAACGGCCAUUUCAUCGCCAAUAUUGACGGCUGCCCACCUUAUAAUGGGAGGUUUGCCGACUGUGAAAACGAGCAGAGCUUUGGCGUCUACUCUGACAGCAGAUAUACCGUCACUUCAUACGGGACCGCCAUUCCGAGCAGAACAAACACCAUGAAGGACAUCGAUACUCUGAUCUGGUCGAUGAGCAUCAUCCAUCCCGACAUGGAAGCUCUGAACAAGUCCGUCGGGUUCACACCUGGGGAAUCUGAUGGAGGCUCUAAGGCCGGCCUUAAGUUGUGGCCCGACGUUCCUCUGAAGGCGACAGAGUGCGCGCUUUACUACUGCGUCAAGAACAUUGACUCAAAGAUCGAGGGCAAUCGGCUCGUUGAGAACAUUGUGGAAGCCAAAGAUGCAUUGCGGGAUCCCGAAUCGUUCCAGCGAUACCCCGAACUCAACAACAGUCUACCAGAGACCGUGAUCACGGAGGAGGCCAACGGGACUCUGGAAUUCGACAAGUACUGGUCCGCCGUGGGCUACUCGGAUCUCAGGCUCUGGUUUCCAGACAACAAGACGCAGAACUACUUCCGAAUCUCUUCGGGGUCCGUCCUGGCGAUCGGCGAGCACAUGCAGAAACUGUUCCGAGCCAACCUGACCGGCAGCUCGGACCAGCGGGACGAGAUCGAGAAGAAGCUGGGCAGGGGCGCCGUCGGCUUCAACGGCGCAUCGUUCGGCCCCUACGAGGAGUUGACGAUGCAGGCCACCCCGCCGGCGCUGAACGGCCUCUGGGCCUGGACGCGGCACAACGUCUCGAGCACGUUCUACGCCCUCGCGACGACCAUGACCAACGAGAUGAGGCGGAACUUCAGGCCGGGCCAGAACCAGCAGAACGGCCCGGACGACAGCGGCGGCUCGCAAGACGGGACGAUGAGCAACUACGGCCAGGUGGGCAGGUCGACCGUGCUGUACCACAUCCGGUGGCCGUGGAUCGCGCUGCACGGCCUCAUGAUCGCGUCCGCCAUCGGCUUCCUGUCGGUCACGCUCAGCAGCAGCUCAUUCGGCGGCCGGGGUGACGUGCCGCUGUGGAAGAGCAGCUCCCUGGCCGCCAUCCGCCACGGCCGUGACGUGGGCGGGGUCUUGGAGAGCAGCAAGACGCUCGGCGACAUGGCGGGCGUUGCGAGGAGGGUUCGUGUAAACCUGCGCGGCGACGACGGCGAUGAGGCCAAGGCGUGUAUCGACCGUUCGGCCCUGGGAAGUCAGACAGAACUUUGA